UUUUUUUUUUAAGUUUAAAUGCAUUUUAAAGUGGUAUUUUAAUCCAAUCAUAGCAAUAAUAUCAAGACAUUAUAAAAACUAAUUGUAUAAUUUAAGAAAAAUAAAUUUAUAAAAUAUAAUUAUUACGUUUCCAAUUUUGGUCAAAGUGUAGCUAAAUUUAUUUCCCUUUUGAGAAAAAAAAGGGGUGAAGUUGCGCUAAAAAUAAAUUUUUAACACAAAUCCGAAACGCACGUACGUUGUGUUAUGGAGUCAAAAGAAACGGCAGAAGCUAGCAAAAUGUUAGAGGCUGCUUUGCAACAAAUGGAUGGGAUUAUAUCUGGAGCGACUAGUAACUCAAACGUGAUAGGUGUUGGCGGAGGUGGUGGCGGAAGUGGAGGCGGAGGUGUGUGUAUAACAACAAGCGCACAAGCAAUGCAGUCAAGCGUAACAGCAACCUCGGGGAUCGGCAGUCACGCUUUAAGUGAACGCAAUUUAAUAUCGGCCAACAAUGUACUGUCAACGGCCAAAACUUUGGCUCUGGCUUUGGAACAGGUUGGUUUAAGUGCUCCAGCUCCCGACGUCGCCACAGCUACUACAAUUAACGAUUGGCUGGAGCAACAUAUGCCGCGUCAAGAUGCAGACGAACGUUUAAGAAGACUACAGCGAGACAAGGAAUCAUUAGCUUUGCAAUAUCAAAUGGUAGCUGACGAGGUUUGCGAACAAGCCGAUAAAAUUAUUGAACUUGAAGGUUUAUUGGCUGAAAAAACUCAACAGCUUAGUGUUAAAGAAGAGCUUUUGCAGCGACAAAUUUGUACACGUUCCGAAUUGGAGACACAAAAAUUGCAGUUAAUGACGGCUCUUAGCGAAUUAAAAUUGCAUCGUGCUGCCUUAGAAAGAGAGAAUUUAACUUUAAAAAAUUUUGAAAAUCUAAGCAAUUCCCAAGAUUUGCUAAAACGUUUGCAAGCUUACGGAAGCAUGGGUAAUUUGCCGCAAUUAAAUUACAUAUCCCAACCAAAUAAACCCAAGACGCCACCAAGUUUAUUAAGACAUCAGAUUCAUCCACAAUUUCAUAGUCUACCGCGGUCACAUUGUACAAAAAAUGACAAAACUAAAUUGCCUUGGAAUUCUCAAAAUCAUAACAAUAACAAUCGUUUCUUAGAUGAAGGUGGUAAUAAGCAACGCAAUGUUGCAUUUGCAUCAAAUGAAAAAAUUCUUAUAGAAGAUGUAACAGUUGUCCACAAUAGCAAUGUUGGAAAUGAUGUAAUGUAUGGAAGCUUUAUUUCCCAGAUAAAUUCGACGCCUUCUCCAAAUCUGCGGGAGCGUUCGGCGAAAAGUAUACGUAAUAUUUUGGGUAAACUAAGACGUAGUAACAGCGGUAACCUGGAAUUACCUACUUUGGAGCAAGCGGAACCUGAAUUCCGACGUGGUGAUCGUGCCCGAGCUACUGCAGGGGGGCGUAUAGAAUGGUCUGGGCAUUCUUCUCAAGCGUCUACAAAUUCAAAGAGCUGUUUAGAAUGGACCGCACAAGAGGUAGGCAAUUGGUUAUGCGAUUUGGGUUUCCGGUGCUAUGAAGAGGAUUGCCGUAAAUGGUUGAAAAAUAAUACUACUAAUUUUUUUAUGGCCUCUUCUGGUGAUUUGGAAAAAGAACUUAACAUAAAACUUCCUUUGCAUCGGAAAAAGAUUUUAUUGGCUAUCGAUGAGCUAACGGGCAAAGAAACCGAUCUUUUGGCUUUAAAAGCAAGUCAAUUAGAUAUCGGUUGGGUUUUACGUUGGCUAGACGAUAUAGGUUUACCUCAAUACAAGGACAAUUUUUUAAUGGCCAAAAUUGAUGGCCGCCUAUUGCAUCGUUUAACAAUGGAAGAUUUAUUGCAAUUAAAUGUGAGCUCAUGCCUUCAUAUAGCUUCUUUAAGACGAGCCAUACAAUGUAUGCGAGAAAUGGAAUGGAAUCCAGAAUGCUUAAUACGACGUUCUACUAAAAUACCCAAGCGCAACAGUUCAGAUACAGAAGAUAAAAGCUCUGACGUAUCCGAUGAAUCUGAUACCAGUCCAGAGUUUAUAGCUUUAUGGACUGCUCAUCGUGUUAUGGAAUGGCUGAGAGUAGCCGAUUUAUCUGAAUACGCUCCUAAUUUACGGGGUGCCGGGGUACAUGGAGCUUUAAUGUUAUAUGAGCCAAAAUUUACGGCAAAUCUUUUGGCUGACCUAUUAAGUAUACCGCCUAGUAAAACGUUGUUAAGGAGACAUUUGGCUACCCAUUUUAAAGAGCUAUUAGGUCGCUCUAUUAUACAAGAGAAACGCAACGCUGAAACACUGCCAGGUUAUCAGGCUUUAACAAUUUCAGCUAAAAUAAAGCCACCGAAAAAAUCGCAAUUUUCAUUGAAAAGACGCAAAAGUACGAAAGGUUUGAAUUGCGCUAGUACCGACAAAGAAUGGUCAGAGUACGUAUGUCCUAUGACCACCAGCACAGCACAAAUGAGAGCAACAACAAGCAAUGAUCAAUGCAAUAAUAAAAUAUCAGCCAAAAUAUCAAGCAACAAUAACUCAAAUAACACCCAGACAAUUUAAUUGAAAAGUUUUUUUUCUUUAAAAAGAAAGAAAAGGAAAUUGUCAAACAUAAAAUCAUUUAAUUAUAAGUUAUGCAAAUAUUUUUUAUUUAAUUUUCUAUGAUAUUUUACUAAACAGAUUCCUUAAACGAUGCCUUAAGAGAUUCGAACUAACCUCCUAUCAAUCACACAAAUUUCAUCGUUAAACUCGACUGAGUUUAACAAAUGAACAUUAAGAAAAAGUUUUCGGGAAUUUGGGAAAAAACCUAAAAGUAUUUCAUAUAUAAAGAGUAACGAAAAAUAUUCCUUAUUACAAACUUUUAUCGCUUAGUAAGAAAUCAUAGUUUUUGUUUUUCUUCUUCUUUUUUUCCCCUUUUUUUUUUUGUUUUAGUUUGAAUGUAGCAUUUAUCUUAGUUGUUUUUUUUUUUAUAUGACAUUUGAAGAGAACGUACCUUAUUUAAGUUAAAUUCUAAUAACAUACACGUAUGUACAUGUUUCGAAAAUUUAAAGCAAUAAUUCCAAUACCGAAUCGCUAUCACUGGCUAUUAAAUGAUGAUAACGUGAUUAGCUUCCUAAAUGCAUGUGUGUCAGUUUGAAUUGCAAAAAUAUUUAUGUUUUUUAUAUUAACGGACGUUUAUUAUCAUCAUUAUUA